AUGGUGGGCAAGCUCGACUUCGAGCCAUAUCCCCCACAACCCGCCCAGCCAUUUGCCGUGAUCUCGGCGGCGGCGCUCUCCCUACUCGCGCCGAGUCGCGGCGUUCUCCAUUGUGCCCGCACAGGAUCUGCCCCGUCGCUCGUGGCAGGCCUGUGUCUCGGCGGGUUAUACAGUGUCAGCUAUUACCGACAAAAACAUGAGCUGACGUUUGGAGAGGAGACGGCACUGUUGGCGUCGGCGGUCUGGACGGGGACAUCCUUUGCUCGAGGCCUUCGCGAUGGUCUGCGCCCAGCAUCGGUUGGAUGGAGUGCGUUGGCAGUAUACGGGGUGGCGGCCUUUGGAGUUGCAGUGAACAACAAACGGAUUGCGAGUGCAAAUCAGGAGUCGAUAUCAUAUCGCUGA